UCUCACACAUACACACACGCAUACAUACUCUCCCCAACAGUUGGCUUGCGCGGCCGUUCAAUAUCUGGGCCGCAGAUGAAGGGACCACACGGUGGCUUCGCACACACGGGGCCCGGGAGCGGUGGCGGCGAAGGACCGGCCUCUCGCACCAGUCGCCGUGUCCAGGAGGUUAUGCAGAAAGAAUGGAGUUUCCAGACCAUAGCCGGCAGUUGCUGCAGUGUCUGAGUCAGCAGCGUCACCAGGAUUUUCUCUGUGACUGUACUGUUCUAGUUGGAGACGUUCAGUUUCGAGCCCAUCGUGCAGUGCUUGCUUCAUGCAGCAUGUACUUUCAUCUAUUCUACAGGGACCAGCUGGACAAAAGAGACAUUGUGCAUUUAAACAGUGACAUUGUCACAGCUCCUGCCUUUGGCCUGCUUCUUGAAUUCAUGUAUGAAGGAAAACUUCAGUUUAAUAGCCUACCAGUUGAAGAUGUGUUAGCUGCAGCCAGUUACCUUCACAUGUACAACAUUGUGAAAGUCUGUAAGGGGAAAUUGAAAGAUAAAGAACUAUGUGUCGAUGAAAAAAUGAACGGUAAUGGCUCUUCGAUUGGCAAAGAAGAGAGUUCUUCAGAAAGUAAUGAACUGAUACUGCAUACGUUUGAUGCACAAAGCAAGCAAAAUUGUACUAUUGUGGGUUAUAAAAAUCCCACAGUCAGUGAAAAGAUUAAUGGACAUUCUAAGAGAUUGUCUGAUCCUGUAGGUAUAACUUCUGUAUCUACAGAGCCAGAAUCUUGCAAUGUAGCAACUGGAAAAACAAAGUCAAGUGUCAAUAGUUCUCUAGGACUUUUGCCUCAAAGAACUGUUGACCAUAUCAAGGCUUCUGCUGAUGUGGACUGUGCUCUAGAUCUGUCUUUCAAACCUGUGUCUGGAAGAGAUUUAUUUUACUCCCCCUACGUUUCUGGACAGCUGGCCUCCGACAGGCAACAGCAGGGCACCGCACCACUUGUUGGAGAUGAACAAGAGAUACUGUCAGACCAGGAGGGAAGUGAAGAAAUGGAUCCAGUAAGUCAGAAUGGCAAUUCUGCCAAUGGCAUGAAUCCAGGCUUUGGACCUGUGUUUCCAGCGAAUGGUGUGGCACACAAUGAUGGAAUAGAACAAGAACAGGAUGUGAGUGAAGAUGAAAUUCCAUCAUCUGAUAUUUCAAACACCAGGAUGGUGAUGUCGACAGGACAUAUUUUUAUUUGCCCUCUCUGCAGCAAAGGCUUCCCAAGUCCACAUGUUCUUCAGCUUCAUCUGAGUACUCACUUCAGGGAAAAAGAUGGCCCUCGGGCCAAAAUGCCUACUGAUGGUUCCAUGCCUACCUGCUCGCAGUGUGGCAAAACCUUUUCUUGCAUGUAUACGCUGAAGCGUCAUGAGCGAACUCACUCGGGCGAGAAACCUUAUACCUGUGGUCAAUGUGGAAAGAGCUUCCAGUACUCUCAUAACCUCAGCCGUCAUGCAGUUGUACACACCAGGGAGAAGCCACAUGCCUGUAAAUGGUGUGAAAGACGAUUUACACAGUCGGGUGACCUGUAUAGGCAUAUGCGCAAGUUCCACUGUGGUCUUGUCAAGAGCAUUGCUAUCAGAUAAUGUUUCAAAGUUUAGCAGCAAAUCUAAACAUCCUAUUUAAAACUGAUGUGCAUCUCUGGAAAACUUGCAUGGUUUCAGUUGAAGUUGAACCAAUUCCAUUGCAUGGCGUCUCUGCAUUAAGUGUGUGGAAGAACAUUGCUUUCAAUAUUUUAUACAGAAAGCUGCAGUACUUAAUAGCAAGCAAUUUUUCAAUAUUUUGGUUAAUACUGAAUUAUGCUAAAAUUAUAUCAUACUUUCCAAAAAUGAAAAAAUCUGAAACAUUUGUCACUAAAGUAUAUCUUCCCCUUGAUUUCAAUGCAUGUUCAAUACAUCAUUUGGGGACAAUAAAUAUCAUGUGUAGAGUCUGUCUUUAUCAAUCAUUAAUAUAGUAACCACAUUUGAAAAUCAAGAAUUCAAUUCACUAAUUGAGCAAUACUUUAUUUUACAAGCUACUGUCAAAUAAAAUAUGACCUUGCAAAAUAAAGUUUGCACUGGCAUAUGUUAAAUGGUUAAGCCUGGUCUGUUUAAAAACUAAGCAAAGGUUUUUAGAAAUCUUAUUAAAGUGGUUUUAUAGUACAUAGUUAUUCUCAAUGACUAUGAAACUUUACUUACCAAAUACCAUUCCAAAUGAGACUUAAAUAAAUUGUGCUGUUUUGCUAUAUAGUACUGCAGUCUUUAUCUGAAUUUGGGACACUCUGGUCUUACCGCCUGGACAAAUUCAAUUAUAAUGUGUUGCAUUUUGUUGUUGCUGUGAUUGGGCUAUAGCACUAAGAACAACUACUAAAUGUUAUUGCAUUCUCCUGAUGAAACUUGAUACUGUAUUUAUAGCAUUUUGAUGGUUUGGGAUGCAGUGGUUAUUUUGUUUAAUGUUCUGUUUAGAAGAUUAAAUUAUAAAAUAUUUUUUGAACUUUAAUUUUCAUCAAAUCUAGUGGUCUUUUUAAAAAUAUCAAUGCAGCAAAUGGUCAAUGUUAUGAAAAUUGAGUUCUAUGCCUGACGAAAGAUUCGUACAAUAGCAAUUACUACUGAUAAUUUUUAGAGUUUUCAUAUUUAACCACAUAAAUCUUGUUGUCAUGAAACCUGGUAUAUAUAUUUUUAAUGAGUUUCCUGUUCAUUAUUGGGUAUUACUGAACCGUAUCGGAACAACUACAAAGUUGUUUUGAAGAGGUAAAAUGUGAAUUUAGUUUUUAUUUUAAAUUGAAUAUCGAAAAACCAUUUAAGGUAUAUUUUUAAAUUGUGUUGCACACAUGAAACUAUUUUGCACUCUAUUGUUUGAAUUUCAUUAAAUUCAAUUUACCAUAACAACUUAAUAAAAUAGGCAAGUUCAAGAAAAUAAAUAUUUAAAAAACUGGAGACCUAACCUAAACUAUCAACAAGUUAAACAGGUAAAAUACAUAAUAGUUUUGUAUAAUCAAAAAAAAUUAUUUAUAGAUUUUUGUGAUCUUUUCAGAGUUGCGUGUAUUAUUUGUAUCCUUGAAAUAUUAAUGGAGCGUUUUUUUAGUAACAAUGUAGCAGAGGCAUUAGAAUGGAGUCUUUUUUUACAAAAACUUUAUUGCAUUUUUUAAAAUAGGAAUUGCUUCCUUGUUUAAAUUUUAACAUUUUAGUGUGGUCUUUAGAGGACAAUCGGAAAAUGAAGGGUUUUUAAUAUUGAUUAAACCUGUUAGCGCUUAUUCAACAAGAUGUCUUUUCAAUUGAUUUUACUUUGCUACUGUUUCAGUGUGUUAUAAAACUGUGACAAUCGUGACUAGAACUUGUGUAUUUUUAGUUUAAAAAAAAUUUAAACUUUGUAUAUUAAGAUUCCUAAUUUUGUGUGCUUACAUUUUUGUUCAAUACAAAGUCUAAAUGCCUGUAUAUUUUGUGAAGACGUGCCUUCAUGUAUUACCUCAUUCAAAGGAUUGAAUAUUCAGUGCACGAUUGCAUUCUGUUUAGAAAAUGAACAACUUAUUAAAAGAACUGACAUU